AUGCGCGCCUUGAUGCUGCUCCGUGCGGCUCGCGCGGCGGCAGCAGCGGUUGAGCCUUUCGGUUCCCUCCGCCUGGCCUCAGAGGCAUGCGGCACCUCUGCAGCGCCCCUGGUGCCCGUCAGCCAGCUGACCAGCCUGCUGGGUAUGCAGUUCCAGCAGCAAGCGGCCUACGCCGCGCGGCACAGGGGCGACGACUCGGACGAGGACGACGAGGCGGCAGCGACCGGGCGGCACUCCAAGCUCACCCACAGCCAGCGCAAGCUGCUCAUCGACCGCAAGCUCAGGGAGGGGGAGGAGCGUGAACCAGUGUCUGAGGAGGAGGACGAUGAGGAUCGUGUCCGCCGGAUCAUGGAGACGCUGGGCAACUUGGGGCACCCCACCAACGACAACGCUUCCUCCUUUGUCUCUAGCUUUUUCGGCCAGCGGCGGCGAGCAGCAGCAUCGUCGUCAGGAGAGGAGAGCGACGAGGACUUGCGGUACCGCGGCGAGGGCGGCAGGUUUGCCCCGCCCAGGCACCCGCUGGCAGCAGCAGCAGCAGACGGCGACCUUGCAGUUGACGGAGAAGCGGAAGAUGAGCUGAGCGAGGCGGAGGAGGCGGAUGAGGAUGCACUGGAGGUGUCGCUGCCUGGGGCGCUGGAGGAGGAGGAGGAGGUAGACCUGCUGAGCAAGCUGCACGGGCUGCGCCCCGGCUCCCGCCGCAUCAUGCUGCAACAGCUGCUGGAGGGGGGCAUCAUGCGGGUGGACCCGCAGGCGCGGGCCGAGUGGGAAGCCAUCCAGGAGCAGUUCAAGCCUCCCGCCGACUUCCGCAUGAAGGUGGUGGACGUGAACCGCACCUGCAAGGGCACCCGCACCGGCGGCCUGUACCGCUACAGCUGCAUGGUGGUGGUGGGCAACGGCAACGGGGUGCUGGGGUGGGGGCAGGGCAAGGCAGCCGAGGUGAACGAUGCGGUACAGAAGGCGUACCAGCGGGCGUGCCGCAACCUGUACCCCAUCCCGCGGUACAACGACCACACUAUCCCUGAGCCCAUGAAUGCCAAGUAUGGCCAGGUCAGGGUCACCAUGUACCCUAAGGCCUCCGGCAAUGGCAUCAAGGCCAACGCACUCAUGUAUGAGAUCUGCAAGAUGGCGGGCCUGUAUGACAUAGGCAUCAAGGUGCACGGCUCGCGCAACGUGCGCAACGCCGUCAAGUGCGUGUUCAAGGCGUUCGAUCAGAUACGCACCGAGGAGGACUUUGCGGACGAGGCGCAGGCGGCGGGGAAGCUGGUGGCGAAGAUGCCGCCCGGCCGAUACCGCAACCUGCGCAUCUAG